GUGUGCAAGAUAAUAUUUCAGUGGCUACGCGCAGUGUUUUUUCGGAGUGUUCGAUUUUCAUCGAGGAGCCUUGUCGGAACACGUACGGCAAUAUGUCGCGAAGUUUCCUGGUGGACUCGUUGAUUGGCAAUAAUUCACCACCUGCGUACCCGUUACCCUAUUAUGGGAAUCAAUUACCGAGCUACAUGUUCAACUUCUUCAAUUUGGGACUGGGCUAUCAACCAAUCAGGCCGGUGCCCAGACCGCCGGCCAUGCCUGUUCCGGUUUCAAUUAGCCCACCCACUUUAGGAAGCUUACCUGUGCCUGGACAGAGCCCUCCGUCGCCUUUAAACACCUCCACGAGACUCUCGGAUGUUUCAGCACCGAGCGAGUCGCCGUCUCGCAACAGCACCCCGACACCGCCCCCGAAAUCGCCGAAUUCCAUCAGCAACAGUUCGAAACGGAUUCGAACGGCGUUCACGAGCACCCAGUUGCUGGAACUGGAGCGGGAAUUCGCCUCGAACAUGUACUUAUCUCGACUCAGGCGAAUCGAGAUCGCCACGAAUCUACGACUGUCCGAGAAACAGGUGAAGAUCUGGUUCCAGAAUCGCAGGGUGAAGUACAAGAAGGAAGAUUUACCGUCGGGACAGAAUCAGAAGUGUUGCUGUCUGCGAACGUGCGGCAAGAAGAAGGAUGGCUGCGCGGACGAUUCGACGGGUAGAAAAUGCGAUCAGGAAGAGGAGAGAUCGACGAAGAGCGAGAAAAUGGAAGCGAUUGAGAAGGCCGCUGAUACGAUCAGCCAGGAGGAAUCGUCGAAUUCGAUGGUGGAUCGUUUCGAACGAUCGAUCCCUUUCCCGACGAACGACAAAUCGCAGUUUCAUCGGGUAACGGAGGAUAAAUUAAAUCUGCCGAGGGUCAGCAGUACGAUGGUCGAGCGUCCUGGUUACGACAGGGAUCGGCACAAUUUGUCCCACGGAACGAAACGUACAAUCGAAACGUUGGAGGAAACGGACGAUAAGAAGAGACGAAUCGACGUGUCGUCCUUUUGUCAGAAUGCGAUCCAGGAUACUGUCGUUCCUCCUGUGUUCAGGAGCAUAGGAUGCACAAAGCACACCGUGGAAAGAAUCGUCAAUUCGUAGAAUACAAAAUGUAGCUGGAUUUGUUUGCGAAAUAUUCAGACCUUGUAAAUACU